GGAUACAGCUGCCAAGAACAUGGAAGGGAGUGAACCAGAAGAUUAAGCACCCUGCUGUGGGAAGCCUGGCAAACAUGAAGAUGCUCUGGGUGCUGCUGGUGCUGAGCUCGGUGCCGGGUGCCCCCGCGGUGCCUGCCCAGCGCCACUCGUGCCACAAGCGGCCCCUCCGGGAGCACAGCUGCCACAGCGUCCCCGCGGGCACGGACAGCCUCCGGCACGUCCACGAUGCUCUGCCACACCACUUCUGGGAAGGGAAGGGCUGCCAGGUCAUCUGCUACUGCAACCUGAAUGAACUGCUCUGCUGCCCCAAGGAUAUUUUCUUUGGACCAAAGAUAUCUUUUGUGAUCCCCUGCAACAGUCAAUGAUUCGAGUCUGCAAGUGAAGAUAACAGACAUCACUCUACGAUCAUGUAAUAAUGUUUUCAAGGGUAAAACAAAACUACACCAACAAAAAAACUUCCUUUCUAAUCACAAGCCAUUGCCUCAUUUUAUACUGUAAAAAGAAUUUCUUUUCUAUACCUUUAUAGAAUAUCAAAUUCCUAAGAAGUUUUCUUUUCAAAUCUGGUAGCUGACCUAAUUUCAAUAAAGCCAUUUCCAUGGUUUAACAGAUUGUACAAGCUCUUAAUGUGUCCUAAUAUUGCAUACCCCAGCAAAAAGCAUAACUCUUCUUACUCAGCACAAUAUCCUUAGUCUGGACAAAGAAACUUCAAGCCUAAGCCUUCAUGUUGUUAGGAACAUGACUCUCAGAGCAACUUAUGGCAGUGCAGCUUCCUAUUCCAUUAUUGCCAUCACACUUUUAAUGCCAUUUUAGGCUGAAGCCACUCAAUCCCUGGCACUUCUGAAGUAAAGCUCCCACGUUCUGUUUAGGCAUCUUAAAAUACAUGCACAUACAAAAGGCCUGUAUUUCCAUAUUUGAAAGUAUUUCACUGGAAUUUAAAAAAAAAAAAGAGUAAAAAUUGACAUUAACAGUACUAAAGCACACUUGGGUCUUGUGUCUACCUGGUCACCUGCCUUGACUGUGCAAUCUCUAAACUCUUAAAUUGCUUAAUCUUAGCAGUGAAUGUUUAAAAAUAUUAGAACAACAGAUUUUUUCAUUCAAGCUCUGUUUGGAAUACAGUACUCCAAAGUAAGUUAAAAUGCUGGCGUUUUUAGGCUAGCCCUGUAAGGCAAUAGCUACAGAAAGCACAGAGAUAAUCAUCUUAAUAUUUAAAAGGUAUUGUGAUCUAUGAGAUAGAUACAGAGAGAUAAAUUUUGACCAUUAUAUGGCAAUCUGUAUUGGCAUGUGUUGAGGGGUGACCACAUAAUUUUAAGCAGUCACCUGAACAAGCCAGGCUUACAGGUAGCAAGCCUGACUCG